CACCCCAAGGAGGUUAUUACUCCCACUGUGCAGAGGAGGAAAGUGAGGCUUAAAGAGGGAAAGGAAUGCCAAGAUCGUAAAGCCAGUUCACACGCAGUGUGAAGGAAGGUGCAGGUUGGAUCCCCGAUAGUGCGUCGGUACAAGAGGUGCACUGCAGGGCAUCCAGCUGGUGAUCUGCAAGCGAUGGAGAAGCCUCAUAUCCACAGAGUGAAGCCUCAUUAUUUCCGUUUAAGGCAUGAAUGAGAUGGAGUGGUGGGGAGAGGCAGCUCUUCUGUGUUUUAAUGCCUCUGCUCUUCUAAAGGAAAAGCAAAUGGGGAGCCUCGUGACAAGACACUGGGGCAGCCGUCACCUCUGACAGGCAGCCCCGGUGGGAUUGCAUGGCUUCGAACCUCAGCCUGUGGACAUGUGGCCCAGCCUCUGAGACGCUCUCUAGAUAGAAAAUGGGAACAAAGCAAUCCAUCCUGCUGUGUGGUGGCUUUUGCCAGUCCUCAGGGUGCCCGCAGGGAUGGGUAAAGCCCACCUGGCCUGUGGCACUUCCCAGGGGCCAUCAUCUCAGUAGGGCCGCUCGGUGCCUUUAAGAUGCACCUCUCAGCAGUGCUCAACGCCCUCCUGGUAUCAGUGCUGGCAGCAGUCCUGUGGAAGCACGUGCAGCUGCGUGAGCAUGUAGCCGCUCUGGAGGAAGAGCUGGCCCUCGGCCGACAGGCCCCAGAGCCAGCCUCAGCACUGAGGAUUGACUACCCAAAGGCCCUGCAGAUCCUGAUGGAGGGUGGCACACACAUGGUGUGCACGGGCCGCACGCACACCGACCGCAUAUGCCGCUUCAAGUGGCUCUGCUACUCCAACGAGGCCGAGGAAUUCAUCUUCUUCCACGGCAACACCUCUGUCAUGCUGCCCAGUCUGGGCUCCCGACGCUUCCAGCCAGCCCUGCUCGACCUGUCCACUGUGGAGGACCAUAACACCCAGUACUUCAACUUCAUAGAGCUGCCGGCUGCUGCCCUGCGUUUCAUGCCCAAGCCCGUGUUCGUGCCCGACGUGGCCCUCAUCACCAACCGCUUCAACCCUGACAACCUCAUGCAUGUCUUCCACGAUGACUUGCUGCCCCUCUUCUACACCCUGCGGCAGUUCCCUGGCCUGGCCCAUGAGGCCCGGCUCUUCUUCAUGGAGGGCUGGAGUGAGGGUGCACAUUUUGACCUCUACAAGCUUCUCAGCCCUAAGCAGCCCCUCCUGAGGGCACAGCUAAAGACCCUGGGGCGGCUGCUGUGCUUCUCCCAUGCUUUUGUGGGCCUCUCCAAGACUACUACCUGGUACCAGUAUGGCUUCGUGCAGCCCCAAGGCCCAAAGGCCAACAUCCUCGUCUCAGGCAAUGAGAUCCAUCAGUUCGCACGGUUCAUAAAGGAAAAGCUGAAUGUGAGCCAUGCAGGGGUCCCCCUGGGUGAAGAAGAGUACAUUCUGGUCUUCAGCCGCACUCAAAAUAGACUCAUCCUGAAUGAGGCUGAGCUUCUUCUGGCACUGGCUCAGGAGUUCCAAAUGAGGACAGUGACAGUGUCCCUGGAGGACCAUGCCUUUACAGAUGUUGUACGACUGGUCAGCAAUGCCUCCAUGCUGGUCAGCAUGCAUGGGGCCCAGCUGAUCACAGCCCUCUUCCUACCCCGUGGGGCAACGGUGGUUGAGCUGUUCCCAUAUGCCAUCAAUCCUGACCACUACACCCCCUAUAAGACACUGGCCACACUGCCUGGCAUGGACCUCCAGUAUGUAGCCUGGCGGAACAUGAUGCCAGAGAACACGGUCACAUACCCUGAGCGGCCCUGGGACCAGGGGGGCAUCACCCACCUCGACCGGGCUGAGCAGGCCCGUAUCCUACAAAGCCGUGAGGUCCCACGGCACCUCUGUUGCCGGAACCCAGAGUGGCUUUUCCGAAUCUACCAGGACACCAAGGUGGACAUCCCAUCCCUCAUGCAAACCAUACGGCAUGUGGUGAAGGGUCGGCCUGGGCCACGGAAGCAGAAGUCGACAGUCGGCCUCUACCCAGGCAAGGUUCGGGAGGCAAGGUGCCAGGUGUCAGUGCAGGGUGCCUCUGAGGCCCGCCUCACGGUCUCCUGGCAGAUCCCAUGGAACCUCAAGUACCUGAAGGUGAGGGAGGUGAAGUAUGAGGUGUGGCUUCAGGAGCAGGGGGAGAACACCUACGUGCCUUACAUCCUGGCCCUGCAGAACCACACCUUCACUGAGAACAUCAAGCCCUUCACCACCUACCUGGUGUGGGUCCGCUGCAUCUUCAACAAGAUCUUCCUGGGACCCUUUGCAGAUGUGCUGGUGUGCAGCACGUAGCAAGUAUGCCGUGGUCAGGCCGCAGGAGGUUGGCUCCUCCAGCUCAGUGUCCCUGGGCCUGCUGACCCCUGUGGUGGCUUCUGGAAAUGAUUUAUGUAUUUAUUGAGCAGACCUGGGCCCCAUGUCUUCUUACUGUGUUGGGGGUGUGGGGUUUGUGGCACUACUCUUUGUCCCUCUGUCCCCCUCUCCCAUCUUGAGCAUCCACACCCCUGGAGGAGGCCCUUAGGGGAGGAGGAACAAGGGAAGAAAAUAGGAAAAUAAGAAUUCCCAGGGAGCCUCUUUGGCUGAGUGAUCAUGCUGGUCCUCACUGAGUCUGUCUGGCUGAUAUCUAGGUUUCUGGAAACUGUGAGUAAUCAUGCCAUUGUUUGGAGGGGCAGUUUAUCAGCUUCCAUUGUUUGAGGGGCAGUUUAUCAGCUUCCAUUGUUUGGAGGGGCAGUUUAUCAGCUUCCACCAUCGUGAAAGUCACCUGUAGCCCAGUAAAGUUGUAUUUGGAACAUUCAUUAAAUGAUGAUAAAUAUCUUGGUCAAGUGUUUUUAUUGGCCAGUUGGAAGCGGG